UUGUUUCUAUUAAUUUAUUUGUUUUUUUUUUUGAAAAUUUUAAUUCGGCAUCAGAAAUGUCAAUUAAAUUGAAAAUUAACGGAAAACCCUUCACGGUUAAUUUAACCACACUUCCGGUUGAUAUUUCCUUGAAUACGUUCAUUCGAGAGCAUGCAGGAUUAUCGGGAACUAAAUUUAUGUGCCUGGAAGGUGGAUGUGGUGCAUGUGUGUGUGUUGUCAAAGGAGCCCAUCCAGUUUCGGGAGAGGAACGAACAUGGGCUGUGAAUUCGUGUCUUACGCUCCUCAGUCUCUGUGCAGAUCUUGAAAUUACCACCAUCGAAGGUCUUGGUAAUAAGCGGGAUGGCUAUCAUCCAUUGCAGAAAACAUUGGCCAAACUUAAUGGCACCCAAUGUGGAUAUUGUUCUCCAGGAAUUAUUAUGAAUAUGUACGGUCUUCUAGAAUCCAAGGAUAACAAAAUCACCAUGGAAGAAGUUGAGAAUUCCUUUGGUGGGAAUAUUUGUCGUUGUACUGGAUAUCGUCCAAUUUUGGAUGCUAUGAAAUCAUUCGCUAUGGAUACGAACAUUAAAGUUCCAGAAGAUGUUCUUCAAGAUAUUGAAGAACUUUCAAAAAUUAAAUGUCCAAAAACUGGACAAAAUUGUAAUGGAAAUUGUAAGGGUAAAGUCACAAAGCGACCGGCAGUUGUCUUUGAUGAUGACAGUCAAUGGCAUUGGCCUAAAACUUUGGAUGAUCUUUAUGGAGUACUUUCGAAGGUUUCCAGUGAAAAAUAUAUGCUUGUUGGGGGUAAUACCGGGCAUGGAGUUUAUCGUCGUUCGCCGGAUAUUAAAAUUUACAUCGAUGUCAAUGAUAUUCCUGAUCUUCGUCAAGUUACGAAGGAUAAUGAUAAACUUGUACUUGGAGGAAGUGUUAGUUUGUCCGAGGCAAUGGAUGUUUUUCAAAAACAUUCAACUGAAGCAGGAUUUGAGUAUUUGCAACAAUUGUGGCGUCAUUUUGAUUUAAUUGCCAAUGUUCCAGUCAGAAAUACUGGAACACUAGCUGGCAACUUGAUGAUGAAACAUGCCCAUUCCGAAUUCCCUUCGGACAUAUUCCUCACCUUUGAAGCAUUGAAUGCCAAAGUCGAAGUUGGGGGAAAACCUGGUGAUAAACAAUCAAUGACUUUAGCUGAGUUCUUGAAGUCCGAUAUGACCGGAAAGGUCUUACUUUCAUUCACACUUCCAGCUUAUCCCAAGGAAAGAUUCAUUUUUGGUUCUUACAAGAUAAUGCCCCGAGCCCAAAAUGCCCAUGCCUAUGUCAAUGGAGCAUUCCUCGUCGAUCUUGAUCCCAAAACCCGAAACGUUACCUCCUCACGAAUUUGCUUCGGAGGAAUUCAUCCCGAAUUUGUUCACGCUAAAUCGGUUGAAGAUUAUCUUGUUGGCAAGAAUCCUUUCACCAAAACUCUGCUGCCACAGCUAUUUACCAACUUGGGUAAGGAAAUGAUUCCCGAUGCUGUAUUACCCGAUGCUUCACCAGAAUACCGUAAGCUAUUAGCCUGUGGUCUGCUAUACAAAUUCAUAUUGAAAAACAGUCCCGAGGUGAAGGAUGAGUUCAAAACCGGUGGUGAAGAACUCAAACGUCCAGUAUCAUCCGGCCAACAGACCUUCGAUACCCAAGUUAAAAACUACCCAGUAACUCAACCGGUGACAAAAGUUGAAGCAAUUGUUCAAUGCUCUGGAGAAGCUACUUACAUGAAUGAUCUUCCACCGCAACCAAAUCAAGUUUGGGCAGCUCUAGUCCAUGCGACAAAGGUUGGAGCUACAAUUGUAGAAAUCGAUGCCUCAGAGGCAUUGAAGAUCCCAGGUGUAUUAGCAUUCUAUUCGGCUAAAGAUAUCCCCGGAAAGAACUCAAUAGUCGAUAAAAGCUUCGGUUUUGUAGAUGAAGAAGAAAUAUUCUGUGCUUCAGAUGUCAAGUAUUACUAUCAGCCUUUAGGAAUGAUUGUAGCUUUGACUAGUUCAACUGCCAACAUCGCUGCUAGUAAAGUCAAAGUGAUGUAUAGUAAAACUGACAAGGUAAUUCUUCCAACAAUGAAAGCAGUCUUUGAAGCCAAAGAUCAAAGUCGUAUCACUUCGAUUGUCAAGUCACCAAUUGAAGAAAUCAAACGCCCUAAAGCAGCUGAUAUGACAGUUUCUGGAGACUUUGAUAUCGGUCUUCAGUAUCAUUAUACCAUGGAACCGCAAACAACUGUUGCAUUGCCAUUUGAAGAUGGUCUUCAAAUUUGGGCAGCUACACAAUGGAUGGAUAUGACACAAUUUGCUAUUGCUAAAAUGCUUCAAAUGAAGAUCAAAGAUGUUCAAUUGAAAGUUAGACGUUUGGGUGGUGGCUAUGGAGGGAAGAUUUCGAGAGGAAAUUUUAUAGCUUGUGCAGCAGCUUUGGCAGCUUCGAAACUCAAUAGACCGGUGAGACUUGUUCAGACUAUCGAAUCGAUGAUGGGAAGUUUGGGUAAACGUUGGGCUUGUCGCAGUGAAUAUGAAUUCCAUGUGAAUUCGAAGGGAAAAAUUUUGUUGGCUAGGAAUACCUUUUUUGAAGAUGCUGGUUGGAGUAUCAAUGAGUCUCCAGUUGAUGGUCAUUCGACACUUUGUUCAAAGAAUUGUUACGAGUUUAAAGAUAAUAAUUAUAAGAUCGAUGGAAAUGCUGUAACAACUGAUGCUCCAAGUCACACUUGGUGCAGGGCUCCGGGAUCGGUUGAGGGAAUAGCAAUGAUUGAGAACGUUUUGGAGCAUAUUGCUUUCGAGACUCAACGUGAUCCAAUGGAUGUUCGUAUUGAGAAUAUCCCAGCUGGUCACAAGAUACUCGAAUUGAUUGAAAAGUUCCAAAAGACCAGUGAAUAUAGGGCAAGAAGAGCUGAAAUUGAAGAAUUCAAUACGAAAAACCGUUGGCGUAAACGUGGUUUGGGACUGUGUAUCAUGGAAUAUCCGAUCUUUUACUUUGGAAACUAUCCAGCUACAGUGGCAAUAUACCAUGGUGAUGGUAGUGUUGUUGUGUCACAUGGAGGAAUUGAGAUGGGACAGGGUAUGAAUACUAAAGUGGCACAAGUUGCAGCUUAUACGCUGGGAAUUCCCCUGGAAUUGGUGAAGAUCGAAGCUAGUGAUACUUUUAAUGGUGCCAAUUCGAUGGUUACUGGAGGAGCAGUUGGUAGUGAGAGUCUUUGUUAUGCCGUUCGUAAAUCCUGUGAUAUAUUGAACGAACGUCUUCGUCCAGUUCGAGAAUCGAUGAAGAAUCCUAAAUGGCUUGAUCUCAUUAAAGCAGCACAUACAAAAGUUAUUAAUUUGAUUGCAAGUGAUUAUUACAAAUCUGGUGAUAUGAAACCUUAUACUAUUUGUGGACUAAGUUUGACCGAAGUUGAGAUUGAUAUUCUUACUGGAAAUCAUCUCUUGAAAAGAAUUGAUAUUUUGGAAGAUACUGGAGAAAGUCUUAAUCCAAAUAUUGAUAUUGGUCAAAUUGAAGGUGCAUUUGUCAUGGGUUUGGGUUACUGGUUGACCGAAGAAUUGAAAUAUGAUCGACAAACUGGUGAAUUAUUGACCAAUCGUACAUGGAAUUAUAAGCCUCCGGGGGCAAAGGAUAUUCCAAUUGAUUUUAGAAUUGAUCUUUUGCAAAAGAGUGCUAAUCCGGCUGGUUUUAUGAGGUCAAAGGCUACUGGUGAACCAGCUGUUUGUUUAUCGGUUUCGUCAAUCUUUGCCGUUCAACAUGCUAUUCAAUCAGCUAGGAAGGAUGCUGGUUUGAAGAGAGAAUGGCAGCGUUUGGGUGCUCCAACUACACCGGAAACUAUUGUUUUAAGUUGUGGAUCAGAUCCGACCCAGUUUAGUCUUUAAGAAGACUAACUUUUGAGUGUUUUCUUUUUAUUUUUGUUGUACAAAAAAAUUGGUGCUUGGUUUUUUAAUUCGAUAAUAUUAUU